AAAGGAGCGCCGCCGGCUGAUGGCGGGCCGAGUGUGAGCGGAGAACGAGGGGGAGGAGCAGCAGUAGCCGCCGCCAGCGGGGUGGACGGACGCGGGAGAUGAUCGGGAACCGGGCAGGCAAGCUCUGCAUCUGGCUGCUGCUCUUGGCGUCGAGGCUCAAGCCGCUCUUAGGGGAUGUACAAGAGAUUGACGAGUCACUGGAGUCAAAGUCAGAUCAACAGAGUGAACAAUUAGAUCAGUCAGCCGGAACUAGAGUUGUUGCUGGGCAGAUCAUGGACUCCACAGAAGACUUUGGAGAAAGUAAAUCUGAUGAAGAUGAAGCUGCCUCAGAAGAAGAUGUGAACACAGAAAUAGAUGUUCAAAAAGCAAUUGGUGGGACUGCUGAUGGUGAAUUAUGUGUGUUUCCCUUCCUCUUCAUGGACCGGGAGUACCUAAGCUGCACUACCGAUGGAAGAGAUGAUGACAGACUCUGGUGUGCAACAACCUACAACUAUAAUCAGGACAAGAAAUGGGGAUUUUGCGAAACUAAUGAAGAAGCCAGUCAAAGGAAAUUUGCACGGGAAGCCGAGGUAAUUUAUCAUACGGGAAUGAAAAUGAUUAAUGGCACAAGUAGAAAGAAUCUAAAGAAAGAAGGCUAUCAAAUACUUCUGAAAGCAGCUGAAAUGGGAAGUACCAAGGCCAUGGAGAAGGUUAGCUAUGCCAUGCUACUGGGCGAUUUCAUGCAAUUGGACAUUGGAGCUGCAAAGAAUGACUUUGAGAUGCUUGCUGCGCUGGGAUCGCCAAAAGGUCAAACAGCACUUGGAUUCCUUUAUGCAUCUGGUGUGGGUGUCCAUUCAAGUCAAGCUAAGGCAUUGGUAUUUUACACAUUUGGAGCACUUGGAGGAAACCUGUUGUCACACAUGAUUUUGGGUUAUAGGUAUUGGGCUGGCAUAGGAGUUCCACAGAGCUGUGAAUCUGCACUAACUCAUUACAAGCUGGUGGCGAAUUAUGUUGCCAGUGACGUGUCUUUGACUGGUGGUAAUGUUGUUCAGAGAAUUCGUCUUCUUGAUGAGGUUGAGAACUCUGGUGUUAGCAGUGGAAUGCUGGAAGAUGAUUUAAUUCAAUAUUACCAAUUCCUGGCUGAAAAGGGAGAUGUCCAAGCACAGGUUGGACUUGGUCAAUUACAUUUACAUGGAGGACGAGGUGUAGAACAAAAUAAUCAGAGAGCCUUUGAAUAUUUCAAUCAGGCAGCUGCCACUGGAAAUGCUCACGCAAUGGCAUUUCUUGGGAAAAUGUAUUCAGAGGGUAGUAGCGCUGUACCCCAGAACAACGACACUGCUUUUCACUACUUCAAGAAAUCGGCAGACAUGGGUAAUCCUGUUGGACAGAGUGGCCUAGGAAUGGCUUACUUGUAUGGAAAAGGGGUCCAAAUGAAUCAUGAAUUGGCACUGAAGUACUUCCAGAAAGCUGCAGAACAGGGUUGGGUGGAUGGACAGCUUCAGUUGGGCUCCAUGUAUUACAAUGGCGUAGGUGUGAAGAGAGAUUACAAACAAGCCUUGAAGUAUUUUAACCUCGCUUCACAAGCAGGACACAUACUGGCUUUUUAUAACUUGGCUCAGAUGCAUGCAAUAGGCAGCGGUGUGAUUCGAUCUUGUCACACAGCUGUUGAGUUGUUCAAAAAUGUCUGUGAGCGAGGUCGCUGGUCAGAACGGCUGAUGUCUGCAUACAGCAGCUAUAAGGAGGGCGACACUGAUUCUGCAUUGGUGCAGUACUUGUUAUUGGCUGAGCAAGGGUACGAGGUGGCCCAGAGCAAUGCUGCCUUCAUUCUGGAUCAAAAGGAAGCUAGAAUUUUUGGUGAAAAUGAGACAUAUCCACGAGCACUACUACACUGGAAUAGAGCAGCAUCACAAGGUUACACAGUUGCAAGAAUCAAGCUUGGAGAUUAUCACUUCUAUGGCUAUGGCACAGACAUUGACUAUGAAACAGCCGUAAUUCAUUAUAGACUUGCCUCUGAACAGCAGCACAGUGCGCAAGCAAUGUUUAACUUGGGCUACAUGCACGAAAAGGGUUUGGGCAUUAAACAGGAUAUCUAUCUUGCAAAGCGUUUUUAUGACAUGGCUGCAGAGACGAGUCCUGAUGCUCAAGUUCCUGUCUUCCUUGCCCUCUGUAAACUGGGAAUGAUCUACUCAAUGGACUACCUGAGUGAAACCAAAUUACGAGAGAUGUGGAUGCAGAUUGACUUGGAUACUUUACUGGGCCCCGAGUGGGAUCUUUACCUCAUGACGAUACUUGCUCUGCUAUUAGGAACUGUGAUUGCAUACAGGCAGAGGCAACAGCAGCCUCGCCUACGGCCACCAGAACAUCAACCUCAACAGUAGCAAAGACAUCAUCUUUCCUUGCCUUCCCCCAACACCAACACAGUGCAAGAAACAAAUGGAUUUUUAACUUUUAUUAUGAAGUGCACAUUUUCUUAAUAAAACGGCCUGUUUUGGGGCUUACUGAGAUUUUAGCUAUUUAGGUCGGUGUCUGGAGAUUAGUUUUACAAGUGUCACAGAGCUUGUUCUUCAACAUUAAUACAUUGUUCAUUUUACUUUUAUUUCCCAUUGAUUCGAAUUAAAUUUGCCAGUUUUGAGUUGGAUCCAAUUUGUUUUCCAUGAAGACGUGCAAAAUAAAUCCUGCAAAAGCUACUUUUCACAGUGCCAUUACCCAAAUGUCAAACCACCUGCCCAAUAUCUCAGUUAGUCUGAUCUUUUCCUGCACUUCAGAUCAUUUGAAUUAUUCUGACUACUUGCCUAGCAUUCAACAGCAGUCUCCUUGUGUAGUUUUACUGUUUUUGUCAAAUGGUAAAUUUUAUCCCUCUUCAGAAACCUUGUGCAGCUAAAGUAAUGCACAAUUUAAUUCGGCGUUAAAUUUACUGCUAACCUGGAAACAAAUUUCUAAUUAAUGUUUCAGAUUUGGCAUUGUCCCCCAAUUUGAGUGAUUCUAUGUUGGUCCCCUGCUGGAAAGAGGGUUUUCACAGUAUUAGUUGUUUUUUGUCUUUUACAGAUUUAUUUUGGCAGGCAGGAUUAAAAAAUACUAAAAUUUUGAGCGAGCCAUUUUGUUGUAGUACGGUGGAUUUAUUUUUCUUGUUAGGGAUAUUUUUGAAAACGUGCAGAGCCAAAUCGGUGAGAGUAAUUUGGUUUCUGCCAUGAAUGAAAAUAGUGAUUGGCAAGUGACAACACAUUUGUGAUAGUCUUGGAUGAUAUCUUAAUUUUCGAAGGGCAAUGUUAGUUUAAUUAUGGAUUUGAAUGACAGAAAUGGCGGAGCAAAGAAUGUAAUUAUGAUUUGACUCUUGCGUUAACAGGGAACCACUAGAGUGGGGGAGGGAGGGGAGAGAUUCAACUUUACAAUUAACCAACUUCCAAGAAGCCCCAUUAAACACUGUCUAGCUGUAAAUCAGCGAACUGGUCACAGGGGCAAACCGUCAAUAUAGAUUGCACUUUUGUUUGAGCAUAGAGCUGAACUUUCAAAGCAUGUGUUCCCUUUAAAAUUGGGGUGGGUAACUAUGUUGUAAAUGUACUAUAUUGUAAAUGCAAUAAGGAACUGCUGUGUAAAAUUGUUUAAAGAUGUUAAUAAGAUGUACAAACUUUUUUAAUAUGAUCUUUUGCGAAUUGAAGAUUGCAGUCCAAUUAGUCACAACUGUAUUUAAGCUUGUUUUAAUAAAAAGUGUCCCUAAGUA